CAAGAAUAUUACAUCGAAACAAGAUAAAAGCAUUUUUUUAGAGGCCAAAACACAAGAAUCUCUCUGCUCUUAUGAAGUUGCAAAUUUCAUUUCCGCGUGGAUCGGGGAUUCAUUCCGAAGGCAAAUAGACGCGAGAUCAUAACGAGGACAAAAGGAACCGAUUUUUAAUUAGGGUUUUGUUGGGGAUUGCAGACAUGAGGUUGAACGGAGAAAUCUCUCACCGAGAGGGAGAAGGAGAAGGGGAGGAGGAAGCAGAGAACGAAGUAGGUUCGUCGCAGAAAGUUGUGGUCGGGUACGCCUUGACGUCCAAGAAGAAGAAGAGUUUUCUGCAGCCAAAGUUUCUUAGCUUUGCAAGGAAUAAGGGGAUAUUCUUUGUUGCCAUUGAUCUAAACAAGCCACUGUUAGAACAAGGUCCUUUUGAUGUUGUCUUGCAUAAGUUGUCAGGAAAAGAGUGGCGUGAGGUUAUUGAGGAAUACAGUGAAAAACAUCCUGAAGUAACCAUCCUUGAUCCUCCUGAUGCAAUUCAACAUUUACACAACCGGCAAUCCAUGCUACAAGAUGUGGCAGAUCUAAACUUAUCUGAUUGCUAUGGCAAGGUUGGAGUUCCCCGGCAAUUGUUUGUAAUAAAAAAUCCAUCUACUAUCCCUUAUGAAAUCACCAAGGCUGGGAUGAAGUUACCAUUAGUUGCUAAACCACUAGUUGUGGAUGGGACUGCAAAGUCACAUGAACUGUUUCUUGCAUAUGAUGAAUUCUCUCUUUCAGAGCUUGAACCUCCACUUGUUCUGCAAGAGUUUGUCAAUCAUGGUUUGUGAAUUGAUCUGAACACCAUAACCUUUUCUGCUUGAUCUUCAGUUCUCGUGAGGCGUUUUUCUCUGCCUAAUAUCAGUGAACAUGAGCUAUCUAAAGUGGAUGGUUUAUUCCGAUUUCCAAGAGUUUCAUGUGCAGCCGCGUCUGCUGAUGAAGCUUAUCUUGAUCCUACUAUUGCUGAGCAUCCACCAAGAUCUUUAUUAGAGAGGCUUGCAGGGGAGCUUCGACGUCGUUUGGGACUCCACUUGUUCAACAUAGAUAUGAUACGGGAAUAUGGGACGAAGAAUGUGUUUUAUGUCAUUGAUAUCAAUUACUUUCCUGGAUAUGGAAAAAUGCCAGACUAUGAGCACGUAUUUACAGACUUCCUACUAAGCUUAGUCCAGAACAAGUUUAAGAAGAAACCUGACACCUGAGGAAUGACUGUUCUAUCCUUGCCAAUUGCAUUCUGCUUUUAACGUGUUUAUUUACGAACAAUCAAUCCUAUAUACAUACAUUAACACUUAAUCCUCGUGAAAAAUGUUCGAAUAGGGGUAUCAUAAUCUUGCCCCGCUAAUAUCUCUCGCUCUCUCUCUCUCUCCAGGCUUCACCAAUAAGCUUUCUCUCGUAUAUAACAUUGUGAUUAGUGUUAUUCGGGUUCGUAAAUUGUUUAAUUCAUGUUAUUUGCCUUUCAAACCUAUUCCCGUUGAUAUUUAAAUUUUUGGAACAUGAAUGAUCGAUAUGCUCCAGUAA